GCGGAUCCAGCCAGCGCCCGCGCCGGCGUCGCCGGAUCCAGCCAGCAUUUCACUCCCGUCUUGGACCAGCACCCCUCGGCCAUUCGCCGUCUUCCCUCCCUCGCUUGGCCUGAUCUAGAUCCGCCCCGCUGCAACGGCCCUGUCGAUCGCCCCUCUGCCCACCCCCCGUCGCUGUCGUCCAACUCGCUCCCCAGCACCACCGAAAAAAUGAAUGGCAUGCAACCCCAAAUCAUCUUGCUCCGAGAGGGCACCGACACCUCCCAGGGCAAGGGCCAGCUGAUCUCCAACAUCAACGCGUGCCUUACUGUCGCUGACAUCAUCCGAACCACCCUUGGUCCCAGAGGCAUGGACAAGCUGAUCAUCGACUCCAAAGGCGAGCCCGUCAUCUCCAACGACGGCGCUACCAUCCUGAAGCUCCUGGAUAUCGUUCACCCCGCGGGCAAGGCUCUGGUCGACAUCUCGAGAGCCCAGGACGUCGAAGUCGGAGACGGAACCACCAGUGUCACACUCUUUGCGGCCGAGCUGAUGCGCGAGGUUCGAUCGUACAUUGAGGAGGGUGUUCCUCCCCAGACUAUCAUCCGCGGCUUCCGCACCGCCUCGGUUCUGGCUAUCAACAAGAUCAAGGAGAUUGCCGUUAGCGUCGAGCGCACCAACGAGGCCGAGUUCCGAGGUCUUCUCGAAAAGUGCGCUGCCACCGCCAUGUCCUCGAAGCUGAUUCACUCGCACAAGGACUUUUUCAAGAACAUGGUCGUCAACGCCGUCCUCCAUCUGGACCAGGAUGAGCUGAACGAGAAGAUGAUUGGCAUCAAGAAGGUUCCCGGUGGUGCCCUGCAAGACUCCCUGUUCAUCGACGGUGUCGCCUUCAAGAAGACCUUUUCCUAUGCCGGCUUUGAGCAGCAGCCCAAGUCCUUCAAGUCGCCCAAGAUCCUUGCGCUGAACGUCGAGCUGGAGCUCAAGGCCGAGAAGGACAAUGCCGAAGUCCGCAUCGAGGAGGUCAAGGACUAUCAAGCCAUCGUCGAUGCCGAGUGGUCCAUUAUCUAUCAAAAGCUCGAGAAGAUUGUUGCCACAGGAGCCAAGAUUGUGCUGUCCAAGCUCCCCAUCGGCGAUCUUGCGACGCAGUACUUUGCGGACCGCGACAUCUUCUGUGCUGGCCGUGUUGCCGCCGAUGAUCUCGGCCGUGUGGUCAAGGCCGUCGGCGGAGCUAUCCAGUCGAGUGUGAACGAUAUCAGCGCCGAUCACCUCGGAACCUGCGACUUUUUCGAGGAGCGACAGGUUGGCGGCGAGCGGUACAACCUGUUCCAGGGCUGCCCGCAGGCCAAGACUUGCACCCUGAUCCUCCGCGGUGGUGCCGAGCAGUUUAUUGCCGAGGUCGAGCGUAGUCUGCACGAUGCCAUCAUGAUUGUCCGACGAGCCAUCAAGAACAAGAACGUUGUUGCUGGCGGUGGUGCCACCGAGAUGGAGCUGUCGAAAUACCUCCGCGACUACUCUCGUGGUGUUGAGGGCAAGCAGCAGAUGGUCAUUGCCUCUUUUGCCAAGGCUCUGGAGGUCAUUGCUCGCCAGCUCUGCGACAAUGCCGGUUUCGACUCAACGGACAUUCUCAACAAGCUCCGCCAGAAGCACGCCCAGGGCGGCAAGUGGUACGGCGUUGAUAUGGAGAGCGAGUCCAUUGCCGACAACUUUGAAAAGUUUGUCUGGGAGCCCGCCCUGGUCAAGAUCAACAUGAUUGCCUCGGCCACCGAGGCCGCAUGCCUGAUUCUCUCCGUCGACGAGACCGUCAAGAAUCCCCAGAGCCAACAGCCCGAUGGCGGACCCGUCCGCGGCGGCCGUGGCCGUGGCGGUAUGCGAGGUCGCGGCAUCCCAAGACGCUGAAGCGGCAAUACUCCUAUCGGACCAGUCUCCACUGUGUCCGUGCCGGUACGGGCUCGGGCGUCACAUCCCCAGCACCAACAGAAGCCCUCCCUUUCGUCAACAUGCAUUUCUCAGAACCAGCCGUUCCCGCAGCCCGGUACCCUUGUUCAUCAAUCAAUCACACCAAUGGGCUGCAGAAUGGCUUCAAUAAAAGUGUACUUUUGUACUUUUGGAUGACGUUCUACA